AUGGCUCAAACGUAUAAAAAAACCAUUCAAGUAUCGGAGUUUUUCACAACGAUGUCUUUGAUCGAUGGAAAGGCUGUUGCCGCCGAAUUAAGAGAACAGAUUCACGGACAAAUCAGUGAAUUCCAAGCCAAACAUGCUGAUUUCAUGCCCAACUUAAAGAUCAUACAAGUUGGUGGUCGUCCUGACUCUGCCACCUACGUGAAGAUGAAACUCAAGGCUGCCCAAGAAGCUGGUAUCCAAUGUGAAUUGAUCAACUUGCUGGAAGACGUUACCGAGUUUGAGGUCUUAACAUUGCUCGAACGUUUGAAUGAAGAUAGUGACGUUGAUGGUGUUCUUGUGCAAUUACCCUUGCCUGCUCAUUUAGAUGAAGUUAAGAUCACCAACGCUGUCAGUGCCGACAAGGACGUUGAUGGUUUUGGUCCUUUCAAUGUGGGUGAAUUAGCCAAGAAGGGUGGCCAACCUUUGUUCUACCCUUGUACUCCAAAAGGUAUCAUCUACUUGCUUGAAAAAUAUCAAGUUCCAAUUGCUGGUGCCAAUGCAGUUGUUCUCGGCCGUUCUGAUAUUGUUGGUAAGCCAGUCGCUAACCUCUUAACCCGUGACAAUGCCACUGUCACUGUGUUACACUCCAAGACUCCUGUCGAACAAGUUCAAUUGCACUUGGGCAAUGCUGACAUUAUUGUUGCUGCCAUUGGUCAACCUGAAUGGGUUAAGGGUGAAUGGAUUAAACCAGGUGCUGUCGUCAUUGACGUUGGUACCAACUUUGUUGAAGACUCUACCAAGAAGAGUGGUUCUCGUAUGGUUGGCGAUGUUGAAUUUGCUGCUGCCUCCACUAGAGCUAAAUUGAUUACCCCAGUCCCCGGUGGAGUUGGUCCAAUGACUGUCGCAUCUCUUUUGGAUAACGUUGUUAUUGCUGCAAAGAACCACUACCAAAAGUCAAACGCUACCCCCAAAUUCACCAAUCCAUUGAAAUUGAACUUGGAAUCUCCUGUACCAAACGAUUUUGAAAUCAGUCGUAAGCAAACCCCCAAGCACAUUACCGAUGUUGCUGCUGAAGCCGGUAUCUUGGACAGUGAAUUGGAACCUUUUGGAUCUUACAAGGCCAAGGUUUCCUUGAAGUUGUUGAACCGUUUACAAAACAAGGUCAAUGGUAAGUAUGUCUUGGUCACCGGUAUUACCCCAACUCCAUUGGGUGAAGGUAAGUCCACCACUACUGUUGGAUUGGCCCAAGCAUUAGGUGCCCAUUUACAAAAGAAUGUUUUCGCCAAUGUUAGACAACCAAGUAUGGGUCCUACUUUCGGUAUUAAAGGUGGUGCUGCUGGUGGUGGUUACUCUCAAGUCAUUCCUAUGGAUGAAUUCAACAUGCACGUUACUGGUGAUAUCCAUGCCAUUGGUGCUGCCAACAACUUGUUAGCUGCUGCUAUUGACACCCGUAUGUUCCACGAAAACACUCAAAAGGAUGGUCCAUUAUACCGUCGUUUAGUCCCUGCAAAAAAAGGUGUUAGAACAUUCCCUAAAUGUAUGUUACGUCGUUUGAACAAGUUAGGUAUUGAUAAAACUGAUCCAAAUGAUUUGACCGAAGAAGAAGUAAGCAAGUUUGUUAGAUUAGACAUUGAUCCUGAAACCAUCACCUGGAGAAGAGUUGUUGAUUGUAACGAUAGAUUCUUAAGAGGAAUCACUGUUGGUGAAGCCCCAACUGAGAGAGGUAUGACUCGUUCCACUGGAUUUGAUAUCACUGUUGCUUCUGAAUGUAUGGCUAUAUUAGCCUUGUCCAACUCUCUUGAAGAUAUGAGAGAACGUUUAGGUAACAUGGUUGUUGCCAGUUCUAAAUCUGGUGUUCCAAUUACUUGUGAAGACAUUGGAUGUGCAGGUGCCUUGACUGCUUUAUUGAAAGAUGCUAUCAAGCCAAACAUUAUGCAAACAUUAGAAGGUACUCCAGUUUUUGUUCAUGCUGGUCCAUUUGCUAACAUUUCUAUUGGUGCGUCAUCUGUUUUGGCCGAUAAGAUGGCUUUGAAGUUGGCUGGUACAUCUCCUGAUUUGACUGCCGAAGAAAGAAAGGAACAAGAAGGUUAUGUUGUGACCGAAGCCGGUUUCGAUUUCACCAUGGGUGGUGAAAGAUUCAUGAACAUCAAAUGUCGUUCCAGUGGAUUAGAACCUGAUGUCAUUGUUAUUGUUGCAACCGUCAGAGCCUUGAAGGUUCAUGGUGGAGGUCCUGAAGUCAAGGCUGGAGCACCAUUGGCUGCUGAAUACACUCAAGAGAAUUGUGAAUUGUUAAGAGCUGGUUGUGCCAACUUGGGUAAACAUAUUGCUAAUGCUAAGGCAUAUGGCUUGCCAGUAGUCGUUGCUAUCAAUAAGAUGAGCAGUGAUAGUGACCGUGAACACGCUAUCAUUCGUGAAGAAGCAUUGAAAGCUGGUGCUGCAGACGCUAUUGUUUCUAACCACUGGGAAGAAGGAGGCGCAGGUGCCGUAGACUUGGCCCGUGGUGUUAUAAACGCUUGUAACAGUCCUGAAAGAAACUUCCAAUUCCUUUACGGAUUAGAACCAAGUGUGGAGGACAAGAUUUCUGUUAUCGCCAAAGAAAUGUACGGAGCUGGAUCAGUUGAAUUCUUACCAGAAGCUCAACGUAAGAUUGAUUUAUAUACCAAACAAGGUUUUGGUAACUUGCCAGUCUGUAUAGCAAAGACACAAUAUUCCCUUUCUCAUGAUGCUGCUUUGAAGGGUGUGCCAACCGGAUUCACCUUCCCUAUUCGUGAUAUUCGUGCUUCUAUUGGUGCUGGGUAUUUGUAUGCAUUGGCUGCUGAGAUUCAAACCAUUCCUGGUUUACCUACCCACUGUGGGUUCAUGAAUGUUGAAGUAAAUGAUGACGGAGAAAUCGAUGGAUUGUUCUAA